CUCUCUUCGAUUGUCUGUGUGCUCUGUUAUUAGAACUCUCUUUCUCUCUCUUCCAUUCGUUCAGUAGCAUCCCUUUAAAUAGAGGUUCUCUAUUCAGAACCAAAUCUUCCAACCAAAAUAGAUUAUCUUUUUAAGAAUAUCCACACCGUUUUUCUCGCUGGUUUUCUUUCUAUUUUCCUGUUGUUCUUACACCAACUCCAUUUUUUUUUGUGAUUUUUUUUUUUUUCACAACCCAGAAAUCUAGAGGCAAGAAUCCGCAAAAAUAAUCCAUACCCAGAAUUUUUUUUCUGAAAUAUCUUGUGGGGUUUAUCUAAUUUUUAUUUUUUUAUAAAUUUUUCUUUCCUUUUAGUCUUGAAGUUAAUAGAUACACAAAGCUGAAUAUAUAAUUCAUAUAAAGCUGUAGUUUUUGUGUGUGUCGAAGCAUCUGUAUUUUGCUGUAUCGAAAGAGUUUUGAGGAUUUUUUUGUUGAAGUUCUAUUUUGCUGAGAGUUUCUUGUUCUAAGUGCUACUCCCAUGGCUGCUCAAUUGCAAAAACCUGCGGAUGAAAUGAGUAGGAAGAAGCUUCAUGGUGAUUCUUCAACGGCUGAACUCAAUAAUUCCAAUAUGGUUCCUUCUAAGGGUGCAAGUUCUCCAUCUGAUGCAAGAUCAUGUGUAUCAUCAAUAGGAGAUGCAUCUGGUAGUGUUAAAGAAGGGGAUCUGGAUCAUGAGUACAUAUCCACAGAUCAGGGUUUUUCUUAUCCUGCUGGUGGUUAUUAUGGAUACUACUAUCCAGGUUAUGGUGGUUUCUUUGGAGAGCCAGAAAGCCAAGGAUACUAUGUUGGUGCUGAUGCCGUGGAUCUUCAGUAUCCUGUCAUGCAAGCAGAUAAUGGAUCUUAUGUCUAUCUCAUGCCAGGAUUUCAGACUGGCUACCCUUCAUACUUUCCUUUGAGUCCAGCUGGUAUUGAGGGACAGUUUGUUGGCCAUCAUAUGUACACUCCUGGUUCCAUCUUUCAACAACCCGUUGGAUCACCUGGUUAUUAUUCAGCUUCUAUACCUUAUGGGGAGUUACUGCCAUCAACAUACUCAUGGGAUUCACACCUAACUUCACAAGAUGGAUCACAGGGCAAUGGUUAUCAUGAAUUGGCUGGUAAACCAAAUGGUAGGUCUAACUUGUCUUCCCAGAAUCAUUCUGGAGGUAUUGUGCCAAAGUCUGUUCCCCCUCCUAACUUGAGCAACACAUCAGAAGUGAAGGGUUCCAUGCCAUUACUAGAUGUGUCAUCAACUCAUGCUAAGCGUAACCAUCCAAAACAAACAAACAAGGCACCCGUUUGUGGCUCAGUCCUGCAUUCGGAUGCAAUGGCAAAGGGUUGCAUGCCUAUCACCAAGUUUCCCACAUACAAUCAAGGAAAGAGUGGAUUCCUCUAUCCAAACAACUUGCUUAAUGGGAAAGGAAAUACAAAGGGAUGGGUUAGUACUGAAAAGUUGAAAAUGAGAGGCAAGGUUAAUGAUUCAUUUCAUGAGCAGAAUCAGGGUCCUAGAACAGCUAAUGCAAAAGUUGCAUUAAUGUCUGGAGGUAAUUCUGCAAGAACCUUGGCCGUAGAUGGGAGCGGAAAUGUUAACAGCAAAAUCAGGACAGAUCAAUAUAAUCUUCCUGAUUUUCCAACUAAAUAUGAUCAUGCACUUUUCUUUGUCAUCAAAUCAUACAGUGAAGAUGAUAUCCAUAAGAGCAUCAAGUACAAUGUGUGGGCGAGUACUCCUAAUGGGAAUAAGAGGCUGGAUUGUGCAUUUCUGGAUGCACAGAAGCAAAUGGAAGAGAAAGGAAGCAAGUGCCCCGUAUUCCUUUUCUUUUCGGUCAAUGCGAGUGGUCAAUUUUGCGGAGUAGCUGAGAUGACUGGGAGAGUUGAUUUCAAUAAGAGUAUGGAUUUCUGGCAACAAGAUAAAUGGAAUGGAUAUUUCCCCGUCAAAUGGCACAUCAUAAAGGAUGUUCCAAAUCCUCAGCUACGACAUAUAAUACUCGAGAAUAAUGAUCACAAGCCUGUAACAAAUAGUAGAGACACACAAGAGGUGAGUUUUCCCCAAGGUGUUGAAAUUCUAAACAUUUUUAAGAACCAUGUGGCAAGAACAUCCAUAUGGGAUGACUUUGAAUUUUAUGAAAGCCGUCAGAAGGUCAUGCAGGAGAAGAAAAUAAGACAAUCUAUGCCCCAUACCAAUAUACAGCAUGUAGAUGAAUUAACCACUGUAUUAGUGUCAGUAGACAUAUCAAGUGUGAAGAACAUGGAGGAUCCUAAGUUGGUUGAGAAAGUGAACAAUGACUGAAGAAAAUGUAGAGAUGAUGAUUUUCCUAGGGACCCCGCCAUGUUAGCAUGCUGGUUAAGAUUGCUACAGUUCACAGAGCAGUUGACACUGCCAAACCUGAGCUACAAUGUAAGAGCUCAUGAAUUCAAGUUGAAGUUCUAAUCAAAAUUCUUGCUGAUGAUUUAGAAGGAAAAAAAAAACAAAUAAUAUCAUGUGGGCAAAUGAUGGAUGGAUCCCAAAUUGUACAAACUAUUCAAAGGAGGAAAGGUUUGAAGUGGAUUAGACAUGGUGAUUGGUGGUUUUACGUGGUUAUUAUGAAAGCACAUAUCAUUUACUUCAUUUUAUUUUUUUUUGGUUUGCACAUAAUAAGUUCAGUUUGGUUCCUUGUUCUUGGUUUUUUUUUUUUUUUUUUUUUUUUCACUCUUUUUCCCCCUUUAUGUAGUGAAUUUAACGUAACAAAUGCUAUUAAGCAUGAGAGUUGAAUACUCUCAUGUGAAAAAGUGGUCAUGUUAUUUGAUCAUAAUCAUUCAUUUAAAAAUUAUACAAUUUUCUCUCUGUUAUCUCAUCAUGAAUGUGGUUGUGAUCAAAUAACAUGAUCAUAUGAUUACUUUUUCACAUAAGGGAUUAGCUCCCGUUAAGCAUAGGACAGUUCACUAGUAAUAUGUUGAAAAUGAUGGGUUGCCAUGGAGGAUAAUGUAAAAUUAUUGGAGUUGGGAAUCCUAUGACUAUGCAUUAUUUGAAGUAUGUUGCUUGUGGCUUUGGAGUCAAUGUUUUAUUAUUAUAUGAUGAAAUUGAGUGGUGAAUCUGUUUAGAAUCUUUAGGCAAUCAAAAGGGAUAAAAGAAAAAAUAAAAUUAAUAGACUUAUGUGUCACUUUUUUGGUGCGUCAUUUGGCUUAUAAUUUGAUAGCUUUAAUAAUGAAAU